CUGCAGCCAAUGAAUGCGCAUUGAGCGGGAAUGGAUUAUAUAAUCUUGUUACUUUGGAACUGAUGGCUUGGGUGUUGACGGGAAUAAUAGUAUAUAAAAAUUAAAUUACGACUUUAUCACUCUUGUUUUGGGGUUGAAGUUUCACUUGCAGCGGGCCGCCUGCCAGGACGUGUCGUCGGUAACCUCGCGAUGCUGUUUCCAGGCCGUCGCCUCCUGUGCUGCGCCCCCGGCUUGCUGCGCCUGCUCCCGCCCAGCACGCUCGCCAUGAUGAGUUGGCACUGGUGGUAUUCCUGGGUGGUCUCGUUGUUGGUUCCCGUCGGGCUGGGCCUGUAUUUCUACAGGAAGCUAAACAGCACGUCCAACCCCGAGGACUGGAAGAAUGCCAGCUCCAUCUACGACUUCACGGUGCGCGACAUCAAAGGACAAGAGGUGUCCUUGGAGAAGUACAGGGGCCACGUGGCCAUCGUGGUGAACGUGGCCUCCAAGUGCGGGCUGACGGCCACCAACUACAAGGAGCUGGCCGAGCUGCACGACAAGUACUCCCAGGAGAAGGGCCUGCGCAUCCUCGCCUUCCCCUGCAACCAGUUCGGGGGCCAGGAACCGGGCAGCUCGGAGGACAUAGUGUGCUUCGCGAUGAAGCAGAACGCCAAGUUCGACUUGUUUGAGAAGAUAGACGUGAAUGGAGACGGGGCGCACCCCCUCUACAAGUACUUGAAGCACAAGCAGGGCGGGACCCUGGGAGACUUCAUCAAGUGGAACUUCACCAAGUUCAUCAUCGACAAGAACGGACAGCCGGUGGAGCGACACGGACCGAAAACGGACCCUAGCAAGCUGGUGGCCAGCCUGGAGAAGUACUGGUGACCGCGACAUCCCCCCUCUCCACCGCUUCUUCCACCCCCUCACCGCCCGCACGUCGCCGCGCUGAUGGCGACCGCAGCACUCGGCCUCCAGCACCCACGCUGACGUUCCUGUUUCUCGCCAGAGCCUUGUGUUAGGGUUACUGAUUACUAGAGACCUGAAAAAUUCGUGGGUUCAUUUCGUGUUAUGCUAAAAUUCAAAUAAUUACACCUUAGGGCUGCUUCUGCCAUUGGUCCACUGUCAAUCUGGAGGACUGAGGGCCAAUUAGAGACCCCUCACUCAUAGAAGUGUCGAAUCACAGGCCACCCAGUCGAGAAGACUCACAAGUCAGCAGCCAAUGAACAGUUGGCAUUUGCCCGAGUGUGUAGAGGAUAUUGGAGUCUAUCCUGGAGGUCAAUGAACUUCCAAAUUUUUCCGGUCUCUACCGAUUACUGCUUGUAGAGAUGAAGUGGAUUUGAGUUUGUAGUAAAGAAAAAAGAAAAUUUGGUCAAAGUUUAGGGGGGGGGGGGGG